CACUCAUUCGCGUAGGUAAUACCAGAACGAGGCUGGCUGGUAUUGACAGCAGCCGCUAUUUGGAGGACAACAAAACCUGUCCUUCGUAAACAAAUCGAGCCAGUUGCGAGUCCAGACGGGACUUUAAAUACGCCAAGAUCAGCUGAAGAUCAUUUUCUGCAGAGAUAGCUUCCAAUUGAAACGGCAGAAAUGUUUUUAUGACGAAGACUUUAGGCUGCUUCUAGCAGGAUACCGGGUGUAUAUGGGCAGCCUGGGCCAAGGGUCAUCUGUGAUGCAAGCCUGGUGAAACGUUCCCGAAGAAGACCGGAAACGACUCAUAUUUUCACCUGAGUCUCGGUAUUCUCGUCUACCAUUUCAUAUGCUGUAAAAAAUAUCGACUAUCGCUGUCAGCAGGCCGCGUUUUCCCGAUCAGCAGUGCCUACAGUGUACCAAAACCAUCGGAGCAGACCGUCGGCCAUAAACCCAAGAUGGCGGACGUGGACCCCGAGACACUGUUGGAGUGGCUGUCCAUGGGCCAGGGAGAUGAGAGGGACAUGCAGCUUAUCGCUCUGGAACAGCUCUGUAUGCUGUUACUCAUGUCAGACAACGUGGACAGGUGCUUCGAAAGCUGCCCUCCCCGAUCUUUCAUCCCAGCUCUGUGUAAGAUCUUCCUGGAUGAGUGUGCUCCUGAUAACGUACUGGAGGUGACUGCCCGCGCCCUCACCUACUACCUGGAUGUGUCUGCGGAGUGCACCCGGCGCAUCGUGGCAGUGGACGGUGCUGUGAAGGCCAUCUGCAACAGGCUGGUAGUGGUGGAGCUGUCCUCUAGGACCAGUAAGGACCUGGCAGAACAAUGUGUGAAGGUGCUGGAGUUGAUGUGUACACGUGAGUCAGGAGCUGUGUUUGAAGCAGGAGGUCUGAACUGUGUGCUGACAUUUAUCCGUGACAAUGGCUCCCUGGUGCACAAAGACACCCUGCACUCAGCCAUGGCGGUGGUGUCACGGCUGUGUGGGAAGAUGGAGCCCCAGGACACAUCGCUACCAACCUGUGUGGAGUCCCUCUCCACACUGCUCAGACAUGAGGACCCACAGGUUGCAGACGGAGCCUUGCGUUGUUUCGCCUCGCUGGCAGACAGGUUCACCCGGCGUGGGAUGGACCCAGCCCCACUGGCCGAGCACGGGCUGACCUCGGAGCUCCUCAGUAGACUAGCCAACCAGGGCCGUGCAUCAGGCCAGCUGACAGGUGCUCAGGCAGGUACACCAGGUGGGACCCCAGGUGCAGUUGGUGCCACGCCCGAGUCAACAAAAUCUAGUGCCAAUGUCUCCACUAUUAUCAGCUUACUGUCCACACUUUGCAGAGGAUCAGAAGGCAUAACAAAGGACUUGCUGAGAUCAGAGUUGCCAGAAGCCAUAGAGAAAGCACUUUCAGGAGAUGAAAGAUGUGUGCUGGACACCAUGCGGCUGGUAGAUCUCCUGUUGGUGCUGGUGUUUGAGGGGAGGAAAGCUCUCCCAAAGACAGGGAUCAGCAGUGUCAGCAGGCUGCCAGGCCUGCGCAGGAUGGACAGUGCCGGGGAGCGCUCUCACCGCCAGCUCAUCGACUGUAUCCGCAGCAAAGAUACCGAUGCUCUCAUCGAUGCAGUGGAUACCGGUACAUUUGAGGUGAACUUCAUGGACGAUGUUGGUCAGACCCUGCUGAACUGGGCCUCAGCCUUCGGCACGCAGGAGAUGGUGGAGUUCCUCUGUGAAAGGGGAGCAGAUGUCAACAGGGGGCAGAGGUCAUCCUCACUUCACUAUGCUGCCUGUUUUGGUAGACCACAAGUUGCCAAGACAUUGCUGAGAUAUGGUGCUAACCCUGACCUGAGAGACGAGGAUGGUAAGACACCGCUGGAUAAGGCACGUGAGAGGAACGAUGAGGGCCACCGACAGGUGGUGCAGAUCCUACAGUCCCCCGGGGAGUGGAUGUGCCCGGUGUCCUCUGAGCCCAGCAGCCCCAGGGAGGAGCCCGUGGAACCACAGGACGGGGUGGAGCCCAAGGGAGACCCUGAGAUGGCACCUCUCUACCUGAAGAGACUCCUACCUGUGUUUGCAGCAGCUUAUCAACAAACCAUGAUGCCAUCUGUCAGAAAAGCUUCCCUGGCUCUGCUGCGUAAGAUGGUACACUACAUCUGCCCCUCCCUGCUGGAGGAGAUGAGCACCAGUGAACAGACAGGUCCCACCUUCGCCUCCCUGCUGGUCGAUGUGUUGGCAAUGGUACUUGAACAGGAGGAUGAUGACGAUGGUCAUCUGACGGCACUACAGAUAGUGAAUGAUCUGAUGAAGAAGGGAGCUGAACUGUACCUGGAUCACUUUGCCAGGCUGGGUGUGGUCAGCAAGGUGUGCUCUCUCGCUGGCCCUCCAGAUGAGGACUCAGAAGAGGAAAUAGAGGAAGAGGAAGGUGCAAAGGGAGGAAAGCCUGCUGUGUCAGCCACCUCUUUACCCCAAGUGCCUGAGGAAAAUAUUGUUUCCUUCCUUCAGCCUGAGAGGUUAGAAGGCCAACAGGAUGUGACAGAGAUAGUGCAGGGGAAGCCCUACCACUGGCGAGACUGGUGCCUGGUACGCGGCCGUGACUGUCUGUACGUGUGGAGUGAUGCCGCGGCCCUGGAACUGUCCAAUGGUAGCAACGGCUGGUUCCGUUUUAUUCUGGAUGGCAAACUUGCCACCAUGUAUUCCAGUGGCAGCCCUGAAGGUGGCUCAGAUAGUUCAGAGAGUCGUGGAGAAUUCCUAGAGAAGCUGCAGAGGGCUCGUAGUGGGGUAAAACCCGGUACACCCAGUCUUCCCAUCCUGUCCAAGGCUGGACCUACCAAAAUUGUGGUGGGAAACUGGUCACUGCAGUGUCGCAAGGAAGGGGAGAUCUCCGUCCACAACUCUGAUGGACAGCAGGCUACUGUGCUGAAGGAAGACCUUCCUGGCUUUGUGUUUGAAUCUAACAGGGGAACAAAACACUCCUUCACAGCAGAAACCUCUCUCGGUCCCGAGUUCUCUGCAGGUUGGGGUGGAAAGAAGAGCCAUAGGUUCAAGUCCAAGGCUGAGCAGACCAAACAGAAAAUCAAGUGUCUGGCCCGCGAGCUGUACGAGCAGCACUUUAAGGCAGCACAGGCGACCCCGAGAGGAGUGGUGUCCAAGCUACGCAGCAUCGUGGCUCAGCUGGAGACAUCAUGUGAAGCUCACGGCAAAGGGAACAAGGUGCAGGAAGGAGAGCUUGGCUGGGAGGACCAGAUGAAGACUGCCCUCGAGUGUCUGACCCUGCUGCUGAAGGACGAGGCCACCAUCUCAGCAUUUGAACUCCACAGCAGUGGGCUGGUGCAGGCGCUGCUCAACUGCCUCAACAAUAAUGUUGAUGUUGACAGCAACAGAGUUGCUUCCAGAAUCAAGGUGUUCAAAGCUGCCUUCAGGGACAACACAGAGGACAGCGGUGUGACCCCAUCUGUGGCCCUGGUGAGGAAACUGGUGUCUGUGCUGGAGUCCAUCGAAAGGCUGCCCUUGUUUGUACAUGAUGGACCUGGGUCAGGAACGGGUCUUCAGAUCUUGACAAGACGUCUCCGGUUCCGCCUGGAGCGGGCCAAUGGGGAGACUUCGCUCAUCGACAGGACAGGGCGCACCUUGAAGAUGGAGCCCCUGGCCACUAUAGGAGCAUUGGAAAGAUAUCUGCUCAAAAUGGUUGCCAAACAGUGGUAUGACUACGACCGCAGCACUUUCUCCUACAUCAGACGGCUGAAGGAGGGGCAGACGUUCACAUUCAAACAUGUGAAAGAUUUUGAUGAGAACGGCAUCAUAUAUUGGAUUGGAACCAAUGGAAAGACAGCAUUUGAGUGGGUGAACCCAGCCCAGUAUGGCCUGGUGGUGGUGACAUCAUCAGAAGGGAAGAACCUGCCCUAUGGUCGCCUGGAGGACAUUCUGAGCCGGGACUCCUCUGCCCUCAACUGUCACACCAAUGAUGACAAGAAAGCCUGGUUUGCCAUCGACCUGGGUGUGUGGGUCAUCCCCACAGGCUACACCCUUCGCCAUGCGCGUGGGUACGGCAGGUCAGCGCUGAGGAACUGGCAGUUCCAAGUGUCCAAGGACGGCCAGAACUGGGUCACCUUGUUCAACCACUCUGACGACAGUUCUCUGAAUGAACCAGGGUCCACAGCUUCUUGGCCCAUAGAGUCCCCUAAGGAUGAGAAGCAGGGAUGGCGCCAUAUUCGUCUCCAGCAGACAGGCAAGAAUGCAAGCGGCCAAACCCACUACCUUUCCCUGUCAGGCUUUGAGCUGUAUGGGAUCGUGACUGGGGCUUGUGAUGACAUAGGUAAGGCAGCUCGGGAGCAGGAGGCAUAUCUGCGUAAGCAGCGGCGUAUCCUGCGCUCCCAGGUGCUGCGGCAGAUGGUGGUGGGUGCACGUGUCGUACGAGGACUCGACUGGAAGUGGCGGGACCAGGAUGGUGGACCCGGGGGAGAGGGCACCGUCACAGGAGAGCUUCAUAAUGGCUGGGUGGAUGUGACUUGGGAUGCUGGCGGCUCAAACUCCUACCGUAUGGGUGCAGAGGGCAAGUAUGACCUGCAGCUGGCCCCGUCCCACAACCCUGACCUACUAGCAGUCAUGACGGCCAAGAAAGCUGAUACAAAGUCUGUCUCCACUGAGGGUGCCGUGGGGAGGACUCGUCGGGACCAACGGGAAAAGGACCUUGACACCAAAAAGGUAGAGGGUGCAACUGGAGGAGUUGAGGUUGAGCGAAGUAGGAGGGACUCAGAUCAUGAUGAGGUGAGGAGCGCCAGAGAGGAGCUGAAGUCUCGCAGAGAGUCUCGAGCACGGGCCUCCUCAGAGGAAUCUGCCGGGGCCACGUCCACAACCUCGGAGACUGUUGUGGUGAACCUGGAGACAGAGGCUACCUCAGAGACAGGCGUGGUGGUGCACAGUAGUGACAGGCCACCGGCCCCACCCUCUGUGGAAUCAUCCAAUGAGGACAUCUCUGCCCUCCCUGACCCAGUGGAGCGCCCAGCAUGUGACCCACGGCCAGGCAGUGUGAGUCCUCGGCCCACAAGUGCAAUGAGUUCAGAGACUCUGUCAUCUGUUGGCGAGGAAUCUGGAGCCAUGUCAGCAGAGUCCACCACAAGGACAUUAAGCACCUUCAAACCAGAGCCUGCAAAACUGAGAGGGGAGCCGCAGCCUUCGAGUGCACCAGGAAGCAUGAGCUCAAGUGUGCCAAACUUGUCGUCUGCACGGGAAACUGCUGCUAGCCUGAUGGAGUCCUUUGUGUCCAUCGCGAGAAGGGCUGGCGCUGGUGCUACCAACAACAUGCUGUUGAGCCGCAGCACCAGCAGCAGCCAUGCCAGCGGACUGGUCAGACUGGGCCUGUCAGGAUCUAAUGCUGUGCAGUCAGUGGCAUCAAACAAUGUGCUGAGUUCGGCCCAAAGUGUCCCCAACCUGACUACGUCCAGCACUUCGAACGCUACUGCCACUAACACAACCACCAUGGCAGCUAACCUCAGCACCACCAUGACGAUGAGCCUCACAUCCACGUCCAGUGAGAGCGAUAACGACUUCCUGGACACCUGCCGCGCCAGCACACUUCUGGCCGAGCUGGAGGAUGACGAUGAUCUCCCUGAGCCUGACGAGGAUGAUGAUGAGAAUGAGGAUGAGAAUGAGGAAGAAGAGGAGUAUGAGGAGGUUGUGUUGAAGUCAGCCUACCAACAUUGUGGCAGUCUUUUGAUGGGAAUUGUACGUCGCCUGCAGCAGGAGGAAGAGGAGUACGAGCUGCGCGGGGGCCGGCGCCGCACCUGGGACGAUGAGUUUGUCCUGAAGAGACAGUUCUCUUCUCUUGUACCGGCGUUUGACCCCCGUCCUGGCCGUACCAAUGUCCAGCAGACACAGGACUUGGAGAUCCCUGCCCCAGGCGACCCAGAGGUAGCAACACCUGAACAGGAGGAGACUGUCCCCACACCCCAGCUGGUUCUCACUCUCAAAGCACCAGGGUUUGUAGAUUCAGUGGAACAGACCCUGGAAGGGGAUGCUGCUACCAUCUUCAGCCACAUCCAACACAUGGUGGCCACUGCAGUGUCUGCUGGUGGCAGGGCUGAUAGACUACGCAGGAUAUGGGAACCCACAUAUAUAAUCGUGUACAGAGAGAGAAAGGAAGAAGAGGAAGUGGAGAAAAGGGGCCGGUGGACUGUUGAGUUUGUGGAGAGAGCGCUGGGCACAGACGAUCUGCCGAAGUCGGAGCUGAUCUCCUACCUUCAGCAGAACGCAGACACCGCGUUUCUCAGGAGAUGGAAGCUGACGGGGGCUCCCAAGAGCAUCAGGAAGAACAGAAACUGUGCACAGUUGGUGGCAGCAUACAAGGAGUUUCUUGGCAGCGGUGGUGAAUCUAAACCUCCAACACCACAGCACAAGCCAGUUGUUCACACCAGCAACAUUCUCAGUGAGGGAGACUUCUCUCCCCCGCAUGCCCGGGAGGAUCCCUCCUGCACAGUGGACGACGUCCUUCAGCUACUCAGGAUACUGUACGCAGUCGCAUCGGAUGUUGCAGACAUGGACACAGAGGGAGGAGACAGCCACCACUUCAACGUGUCGGCAGAGGAGUUCCAGAGCAAGAAGCUCACUAACAAAGUCAUUCAACAAACUCAGGACCCACUGAGCCUGGCUGCUGCAGCACUGCCUGAGUGGUGUGAGAAGCUGACCAACAAGUGCCCCAUGAUCUUCCCAUUUGAGACCAGACAACUCUACUUCAACUGCACUGCCUUUGGCUGCUCAAGAGCAAUUGUAUGGCUACAGAACAAGAGAGAUGCAGCUCUGGAAAGGUCACGCGGACCCUCACCACGGCGUGAUGACCACCACGAGUUCCGGGUCGGGCGCCUGAAGCACGAGAGAGUCAAGGUCCCACGAGGCGAGAGUCUGAUGGAAUGGGCAGUCAAUGUCAUGAGACUACAUUCUGACAGGAAAUCAGUUCUAGAGGUGGAGUUUCUUGGUGAGGAAGGCACAGGACUGGGUCCCACGUUGGAGUUCUAUGCUCUGGUGGCUGCUGAGCUGCAGAGGAAGUCCCUGGGGCUGUGGCUGUGUGAUGAUGACUUCCCUGAUGAUCAGGCUAGAGAGGUGGAUAUAGGACAUGGCACCAAACCACCAGGCUACUAUGUCCAGCGUGCCUGUGGACUGUUCCCUGCACCACUCCAGCAGGAUGCAGAGGCAACAGAACGUGUGGCCUGCAUGUUCCACUUCCUGGGCAUCUUCCUGGCUAAGAGCUUGCAGGACGGACGACUGGUAGACCUGCCCAUGUCACGCCCCUUCCUGAAGUUGAUGUGUGUUGGGGACGCAGAUAACAGCAUGACAGAGACUUGUGCAGAGUAUCACCGCAGCAUGUCAGAAAUCGACCUACACUCCAAUGAGACCCAGUCAGAGGCAUCCACUGAAGAUGGUACAGAAAUCAUUACAGGCUACAUCACAGACGAUGACUCCAAGUAUGAUCUGGUACAGGACCCACCCAAACCCAAGUCACCUGCCUGGUUUACAGGAUUGCUGAACUGGGAAGACUUUGAGCUGGUGAACCCGCAUCGUGCACGUUUCCUGAACCAACUGAAGGAGCUGGCUGCGAAGAAGCGCGUCAUCUUGAAUGAUAACUCCCUGUCGGAGGAUGACAGGUCCAAUCAGCUGCAGAACCUGUGCCUGGUGAACCCAAUUGGAUCAGGACCACCCUGCAAGUUAGAGGACCUGGGGUUGGACUUCACCUACUCACCCUCCUCCAAGGUGUAUGGAUUCUCCCACCUGGACCUGAAACCCAAUGGCUCUGAUGAGCAUCUUUCUCUGGACAACUUGGAAGAGUAUGUGGAGGUGAUGUUUGACUUCUGCAUGAACACUGGUGUUAGGAAACAGCUGGAGGCAUUCAGAGCUGGCUUCUCCGAGGUGUUUCCCAUGGAGAAGCUUCAAGGCUUCAGUCCCACAGAAGUGCAGCUGAUGAUCAGUGGGGACCAGGCACCUUCCUGGAUCAGGGAUGACAUCCUGAACUACACAGAGCCCAAGCUAGGAUAUACCAGGGAAAGCCCUGGUUUCCAAAGGUUUGUUAACGUGAUGUGCAACCUGAAUGCUGAUGAGCGGAAGGCGUUCCUCCAGUUUGCCACUGGUUGCUCCUCCCUCCCCCCCGGUGGUCUGGCCAACCUGUACCCACGCCUCACCAUCGUCCGCAAAGUGGACGCCUCUGAUGGCAGCUUCCCGUCUGUCAACACCUGUGUACACUACCUGAAGCUCCCCGAGUACUCCUCUGAAGAGAUAUUACGAGAGAGACUCCUAGCCGCAACAAGGGAAAAGGGAUUCCACCUAAAUUAAUGUUGACUCCAUUUUCUAGCCACCUUGAUUACUACUAUUGUUGCUUCGGACAAAAACAUACAAGAAGCGUAGAGACUGUGGAUGCAGUGUGUAAACAAGUGUGCAUGUGCUGGAAGAUGCAUGGGUUUGUUCAGUGUACCUGUAUGUCUGUGCCAUAGUGUUUGCUGCUGUGGGCUAAUGAUAACUGUGGUGUGGAUGGGAUGUUCCAAUACAAAUAUAUUAAGAAGGUGUAUAUGCAAAAAAGUGGACUGCCUUUCCCAUGUAAUGUGAGGAUUGGUCUUUGAGCCUUUAUUGCCUGCUUAAUUUGUAGAUAGCAAUCAAAUAACCUAUGAUAAUUGAUGACUAUAACAACAUAGGGGCCUUUAGAGAUCAGUAUAUGGUAAUUGUAAAGUUGCAGAUUUACUAUAGCUUUGGUCACUUGAACUUGUUCUGUAUUUAUGACUUGGUACUCAUGCCCAGUAUGCUAGCUUUUGUGGCCAGGAAGGACAGUACUUGUAUCAAUACUUCUUUUACACAAAUACUUAACUAGUUACAUUUGUUUUGCCUUUGUUCAUUUGAAUACAUCAACUCCUUUGUUAUGUUGAACACAUGCAAUUGCUAGCCAGUAAGAGGGAAGCAUUUACAAAUGUAAGGUAACAAAAUGCAAAUGAUAUUUCUUGUUGUACUGAUGCUGGAUAUACAGAAAUACUCAUGUAUAACUGAUUAGAUGAAAAGUUUCUGAAACCUACAAGAAGUAUAAAUGACAGUUAAGAGACUGAACUUUCCUAAAAGAUGUCAAAUGUAAAGCUGCUUUGUAUUUUACAGAACUUUCAAUAUUUUCAGCAAAGUCCCUUUGUCUAGUAAUGGGAGGCACAGUCCGUGGAGAGCAUGUCCACUGUUCAAAGUUUUGGAGGGGUUAAAAAAUGAUCAAGCUUGAUCUCGAAGAAACAGAUAAAACAAUGCAGGAUGUGGUGCAUUUUCAUUUACUUAAAUGAAGGAGUUAAAUAAUUGAUUGGGGAUUGUUAAAAAGUACUUGUGCAAAAAUGUAAAUAUGGUAGAUAAGAUUUAAGGGUCUGAGUCACCCCCUCCUGAAUUUUGAAAUGGAGCAACAAGAUCCAUGUUCUCAAAACCGACGUUGACAGUUUCUCUGCCCGUUUUUCUUCUCUGUUUGUUCCUGUGUUGGUUGUGGCUUGGAUAGGUCUUCAAGGUUUUGACAACAAUGAUAGUGCCUUUCAUUUCUAUGUUAGACCAAGUACAUGUAAGGCAAAUCAAUUGUACAGGCAUGGGACUCUCACAAGUAUAGAGACUUGGAAGACUUCCCAAAUAAGUAAGUUAUGUUUAUUUACGUGACUGGUAGUCCAUUACAUCUGUUGGUGUACCUGACAACAGCGAGCUGCUUUCCUUACCUGUUUAUGGAAACGUACUGUAAGUUAAGUCGGAAAGCUGUUGAGUGUUAACAUUUCUGUAUUGCACUACUCAAUGUAGAGAUGUUAUGAUGGAGGGUACUCAUAAUUUCAACAUUAAUAGACUCAAACACCUUCCAGUUAAAACACUUAGUCCCUUGCCUGUCAUUAUAUUUGCAUCCAUGUGUUGCAAUAUGCCCAGUUUUCAGUUGAGACAGGAAUUGGUCAGUCAGUGGCUCUUUACAGUAGCAUCUGUCCCUGCUGGUUGGCAAUGACUUCGGUGUGCCUUCGCUUCCCUCAGCCUUCCGCCUGUUCAAUUGCAUGAUCAUGGCAGCCACUGCUACUGUAACUGGAAAGACUUUGUUAUAUAAAUGUUUGAAAGACCAAA